AUGACGCGUGAGGCCGUGUAUGAAGUCCAGACGGCAGUCGAACUUGUCGAAAUUAUUAUAUGGGAUAUACAUACCUUUGACAACGACUACUUCACAAAGCUACGAUAUGGCGGUCUUAUCCUGAGCAUGUAUUCCUACGGACACUGGAUCUGUCAAAGUUCCGUGAUAGUUGUACUGGAUUACUUUCUACUACACACGGCAAUAUUCCUGGUCCUAAAUGCAAUGAUGGGUAUGCGUAUCUACGCUUUGUAUGAGAGGUCCACGCGGGUGCUCCUCUUCGUUGGUGCACUCUUCACGGCGGUUCAGGCAACGAACAUAGUCCUUACCUUCAUGGCUCUACUGCCACUUAAGGAAGCAGUGAUAGCUGUUGAGACGCCACCACAAGGUAUAUGGUGCGCAUACAGCGUUUCAAAGCGGCAAGCCUGGUAUCAGGCCAUAGCAUACUUCGGUCUCGUCAUCUACGAGUUUACCCUGUUUAUCAUGUCUCUUGUUUGCCUUGUACGACAUCUACGGGAGCAACGCCGGAACCUAAGGGCAGUCCUUGGCACCUUUAUAGGUAUCGUCAUCCGAGAUAACGUGAUCUACUUCUUCAUUGCAUUUUCUGGUUUGUUCCUAAGUACAUGUUCGUUUCUCUUUACCAGUCACUACCCAACAUUAACAUUCGAUAUCGCGUUCAAUACGGUGGCGGUUGAUCUGGCAACCGGCGUUCAACUCACGAUUCUCGGACCCUUGAUGAUGCUGAGCAUUCGAGAGUAUGACGUCGUUCAGGAGAAGGGAGGUACAUCGGUCGAAUUUGAGAUGAUGACUUUAGAGUUUGCCAGACUAUCCGCACCGUUGUACAUUUCUGAGGUUUAG